AUGGUGAGCGAGCUCAACAAAUCCAGGUUGACGAACGAUGAACAACUUCGCAUUUUCGUCACAGUCGGCACUACCCGAUUCGACUCUCUAAUCCGUGCCGUUCUCUCACAACCCUUCCUCGACAGCAUCGCUCACCUCUCAUCGACAUCGCCCAAAGUAGUACUGCAAUAUGGUAACUCAUCAAUAGCCGACAUUCUCAUUUCCUCUGCGCUAGCAUCAGUCGACAGCGGCAGCGAGAUCGUCCCCGAGCCAGGUCUGCGAAUCAUCGACGGUCGACGAGUCUAUCAAAGCAGUGCUGCUAUUCCUGGUCUGGACCCUGGUCAAACUGGCACUAUCCCUGGUCUUCGACUUCGACCUUCCGCGGCCUCUUCUACAUCAACCAGCAACGACGCAGACACGGAAAGCGCAGGCAAAGGCUUAUUUGAUCGAAUCAUCGAAGAAGCACAAGCGACGUCAGGCAACACUACCGCGACAAUUAACUCUGCUAUGCAAGGCGCGACACUAGAAGCGACCACAGAGCAGGGCGUCGAGUUGGAGCUAUUCCAGUUUGCACCAGAUCUCAAGCCAUAUAUCGGUACAGCUGAUGUUGUUGUUAGUCAUGCUGGAUCAGGUACGAUCUUGGACACAUUGAGGAUGCGGCCAAAGCCGCCAAAGUUGGUGGUUGUACCAAAUACGAGCUUGAUGGACAACCAUCAGGUGGAGUUAGCGGAAGCACUGGGCAAAGAGAGGUUCCUGGUUGUGGGGAAAGAGGAGACGCUGGCACAAGAUGUAGACAGAGCGAGAAGGGAGGAAGUGGAAGCGUUUCCCGAUUUCGAUCCUUCCCGAUUCGCCGAUAUUGUUGAUGAUGUGAUGCAAAGGUAA